CUAUGUUCUAUCUAUCUUUGCUUUCUUUCUAAUUUGUUUCAUUUGCACACUAAUUGUAGUAUUUUAAAAGACAUGAAGAGAUUUUUCAAGUUAACGGUGGUCUUCUGGUGCUGGUACCAUGAGGUUUAUACUCUUAUGCUUUUUGGAGUGGUUUCUUACCCAGGACCCUUGUGGAAUCUUAAUAAUGAAUGGAAUUUAGCAAUGAGGAAAAUCAGUAUACCACAAGGGUACACCAUCUCACUCCACUUCCAGAAUGUGAAGCUGAAAGGACCAUGUGCCAAUGAAAGUAUCCAGAUAUUUCCAGGAAAUACAGAUGAGUCGUUGUUUGUCUGCAGCACAAAUAUGUCAAGCUCCAGCAAUCAGAAAGGUUUUUCUAUAACACUUAAUACCAACAUGACCAACCUGGAACUGAGGUCACCCAGGCUCUCAAAAGGGAAUGAUGUCAGCUUUCUGGCUCAUUAUUUUGGCAAAGAUAUUGAUGAAUGCCAGACCAAUCCAUGCUCUUAUUUUUGCACAAACACUAUUGGAGGAUUUACUUGCCACUGUCCACUUGGAUACCGUAUUAAAAAUGACAAGGUUUCAUGUGAAGUCAUAGAUCAUUCCAAAUCCAUAUUACAUGGGCAGCUGUUUUCUCCUGACUUCCCCAGACCAUAUCCAGGUGGUUCAAAGUAUGCAGUGAACAUUACUGUUCUACAUGGCUUCUACAUAACAAUAUCCGUCACACAUAUGGACAUAGAUGAGUCUGAAAACUGCACCCAGGAUGUUUUGCAGGUCUUACAGGAAGGCAAACUCAUUUCAGCACUUUGUGGAACCAAAAAAACAGACAUCCAGAUCAAGUCAAAUUCUGCUGAACUCAAUUUUAUAUCUAGGGGAACAAAUAAAAGAAGGCACACAGGGUUCCUUGCACACUAUAAGGCUGAAGAUAUUAAUGAAUGUGAGCAGUUGGAGUCACCCUGCUUUCAUAUAUGUGUCAAUGAAAUUGGAGGUUUCCGAUGCAUAUGUCCACCUGGGCAACUUUUGCUAGAUGAUGGAAGUACAUGUCAAGCUCAAGUGCCCUGUCCUACUCAUGUUGUGCCACACAGUUUGAGUGAACCAUCAACAAAAGAAUAUAAGACGGGGUUACAGAUCCUUGUACGUUGUGAAGAGGGGUUUGAAGCUCGACUUAAUACCUUUACAGUCUCUGAAUUCUGGGCAGUAUGUGAAACACCAGGAAAGUGGAGACAUGGUGGAUUUCAUUGCUCAUUGGUUUCCUGUGGUGUUCCAACUUUGCCAAGUAAUGGUUACUUCAUUUUUAUCACCGAUCAGAAUGUCACCACUUUCCAAUCCAUUAUUCAGUACAACUGUACCCAGCCAUUUUACAGCCUGAACUCUACUAGCUAUGUUAAUUUCUCUUGUGGAGCUGAUGGUAUUUGGAGAAACAAUAAAGGUGAAAUGAAGAUACCAGAAUGUAAUGCAGUGUGUGGAAAACCCUCAAACCCUCUUGAAUUGUUUCAACGUGUGUUUGGAGGCAAGGAAGCAAAAGAGGGAAACUUCCCCUGGCAGGUGUUAUUUCUGAACCCCUUAGGGGGUGGUGCACUCAUCUCAGACCAGUGGGUGGUCACUGCUGCGCAUGUGGUUGAAGCUGACAUUAAUGAAAUUUAUGCUGGUGUAAUAAAUAUUCAUGAAUAUUCAAACGCUUCGAAGCUACAUGUGGCAAAGAAACUUAUUCACCCUAACUAUACAAAUACAAAUUUUGACAAUGACAUAGCAUUGGUAAGACUCAAGGAAAAGGUAACAUUUGGACCCCUAAUAUCCCCAAUAUGCCUUCCCAAAAGGAGUGAAACAGAUUUGUUGGAAACUGGGACAGUGGGGUUCAUUUCAGGUUGGGGUCUUAGAGAGUUAAAUCAAUUACCUAAUAGCCUUCUAUAUGCAAUGAUCUCAGUGCAGGAAAUGAAUAAAUGCAGAAAUGUAGAACUCAAAAGAGUAAUGAAGAAACUUGUGUUAUCAGACAAUAUGUUUUGUGCUGGGUUGAAUGGAGCUGACAGUUGCAGUGGUGACAGUGGUGGAGCCUUCGCAGUCCAGGAUGAAAAGAAUGUAUUUCAUAUUGAAGGUAUUGUGUCAUGGGGAAUUAAAUGUGGGGCUUAUGGUGUGUAUACGAAAGUAGGGAACUAUCUGGAUUGGAUAGAAGAAACCAUCUCUACCGAAAACAUUAGAUAAUAUUGGAAAUAGUCUGAUUGCUGGGCUUCUUAGAUGUUUCUAUUUAAUGGAAUUUCAUUUUAUGAUUAAAAAUAAAAACAUCUUAUUCACACUGUA